UCAGUAAUGUUAUUUUAGAAGCUAGUGCCUUCAAAGAGUUUAAUUUUAAUGAUUUUUUCGUCAAAAUGUGAUAUCUUGGUGAAUAGUAGGAUAUUGUGGAAACAGUGCGUUGCUUAUGGAUCGUUCAUUUGUUCGUCGAGUAUAUUUUCGUUUGAAAGUCUCCAGAGAUAAGAAUUAUUAAAGUGCAAUACAGCAGAUAGGAUUUACGAUUUUAAUACGACAAUUUUCGUGAAAUUAUCUUGAGGUGAAGAAAAGUAUGCAACCAAAGUUCGUGUAGAGUGAGCAUAUCUUGGCGCUUAGUUCCUUUCGAUUCAAUUUAAACUUCCGCUCUCCCAUUUUGCCUAAAGGAAUCGUGCCCACUUUUUCAUUGUUCCUUAUGCAGUGUUUACGAGCAAACAUCAUCUUUCUCAACCGGUUAUAGUUCCUUUUAGCAUAAGUUUCCUUGAAGUGUUUUUGAAGUGCUGAAAUAUAAGAGAAUUCUAACUAAAAUAUAUUACUAAGCUUACUAAGACGUUUUUUGGAAAAAUACUGUGAUAUUUCAAAAAAGACAUUUAAUAAUGGAGACAAGUAACGUGGAUGGACGAAUGGAAAUUGGUGAUUUGAAUCAGAUGGAGGAAUCAAAAUUCAUGAUGACUUUUGCGGAUGUGGUGGAAAAAUGCCCAGAGGCAGCCGCCUUUUUGCUGACGCACAGACCGUAUAUGAAUGCAAAUGAAGUUUUCUCUUCACUUGAGAGAUUUUUUUAUUCGCUUUCGACGGAGGAUAAAAUGAAAAUUCUAAACUUGUACCCUGAUCUCACGGCUACAGACAAAGAUAUGACAAAAGACUCUCUCCAUGAACACAUUAAGUCGGGCCUUACAAAAAUAACUGAGCACACCCGGUCAAGUUUUGAAGAGCUAAAUACAUUGUACAGAGAAAAGUUUGGUUUCCCAUUUAUAAUGUGCGUGACAGGAAAUGACCCCGGAAAGAUCUUGUCUUCUCUGCAAAAGCGUUUGAGAAAUGAUGUAGAAUCAGAAUUAAAUGCUGACCUACAUGAAGUGAAGAAAAUCAGUCGAAUCAGAUUAUCAAAUUUGAUUGCGGCCUAAGUAAAAAAUCUGACUCAAUUGCUCAAAAUAAUUAAUUGAACACCACACACAAUCAUCGAAUCAUACACAAAGCAAUUGAAAAAAAAAAAUUACCUCUAAAACAAAUUAUAAUUUCAAAAGUUUUCCAGCAUUUUUCUCUAAAUUGGGAGAUGUUGAAUAAAUUCAUACCUUCAUCUAAAAUAUUGCAAUGUCGUUGAAAUAUUUUAUUGAACCCUCCGAAUUUUACCUCGCAUAGAACCAAGCAUGUUAUUCAAAUUUCUUCUACUAUGGCUGGAGUGAUACACAAUUGGCAGUUGAAAGUUUAUUAUUGUAAAUACAUUGGAAUGCAUAAAGUAAGAGUUCAGAUAAAACCAAAUAAACUAGAGUAUCUGUUUACAACGCAGCUGUUUACUAAAUCUGCCGGGGUAAGGAAAAACGCCGUAUAAACUUCCAGGCGUUGCCAAAUUUCCCUCGAAAUAAGAGGAAUUUUCAGAGAAAUGUGUGAAUACUUUUCAUCCAAUAUUUCAGAGAAAUUUAAUCGCAAUCAUAUUUAAAUUAUCUGAAAAUUUUGACAGAAAAUAUGUAUAACUCUCUUCAAAAAUCAAUAUUUUAUGGGAGGAGAUUUGGUAACUCUUGAAUGUUCAUAUGCCGUUUUUCCAUAGUACGGCAGUAAUAGCCUUAGUAACAAUUUAGACGUGUAUCUUUUUACAACAAGAGAGCACUCCACUUAUGCACGUAGCGAACUCAAAGAGUUAUCAUCGCAACAAACGAUUUUAGAGGCGUCAUAUUAUUAAGUUGUUAAGUUAAAGUUGAAUGACACAAACAACAACAAGCACCAGCUAUCGUAUUUACGCUAAUUUCGCGUUAUCAAGAACACACUGAUAAAAUUCGAAUGCUUUUUUACCUUCUUUUUUUGGUAACCGUUUAUUGCUGCUCGUUAUCAAAGUUAUCUGGCAUGCUCUUAAUGGCUUUGUCUCUCUUAUGACUAAUCUUUCUCGUCUUGAGAGAUGCAAUUUACAAAUAUGUUUUGAUGAAGCCGGGACUAUAAAUGUGCUGCUUUCUCUGUGGUUAUUUCUGAAAAGUAUUUUUCUGCCCUCUACUUUGUGCUUUGUGCUGAAUUUUUGUUCUGCUCAGUUUGCCACGAAGAAAUAUAAAUAUUGUGAAUACUACUGAGUAUAGUGAUUCUCAAAGUGAGUCGUAUGAAUAUCGUAUUUCGCAUACAGAAUCAUUAAAACCACGCUUUCAUUUAGACUAUAGUUCGGAGGAGCUAAAAUUUGUGUUUAUUUUAAUGUUUAAUUUAUUUGAAGAAAGUGAAGUGUGCUUUCAGUAAUAUCUGAACUAUAAUUUCCAUUAAAGUAAUCGUUCUUAAAGUUCUAAUUUAAAAAAAAGAUCAAUUCGCGGAAUUAGACAACUAGGUUUUAUUUUGAAAAAAGACAUACCGAUCGGCAACCAGAAAUACGUUGGCUAGAAUUAAAGUACGGUCACUAUAAUUUGAUUCAGUAAACCGGAAACUUAGGUAUCGAAAAAUUCCCGAAUCAGCAAAUUCCUGGUCGCGAAAAUUGGUUUUCUAUUGAUGUUUAUCGGUCAAGAAAAUCUGAUUUUUUGGUUUUGAUACCAUCAAAGAAACAUCAGGCUCUGCCACUCAUUCAUUAGAGGAGAAAACAUAUUUUGAAUAGACAGUUAAUCACAAAAGCAAACAUGGUUCAACAGUUGAAUAUUAAGGAAAUCAAUGGCAUGAACAAACCAAAAUUCAUGAUGACCUUUGGAAAUGUGGUUGAAAAGUGUCCUCAGGCAGCUCUACAUCUCCUAACUCGCCGACCGUACAUGAAUACAUACGAAGUCCUUUCUUCACUUGAAGAGUUUUUUGACGCACUUACGAUUGAAG